AUGUCGGUGGAAAUUGUUCAGAAAAAUCUCAUAAAUAUACUUGAAGCUAUCACUGAAGCGGCGACUCAAAGGUAUAUUUUUCCUACAUCGAAAUAUCCAUAAAUUGAAGGCUUCAGAUGUCGAUUAGUUGCCGUGAGUAAAACAAAACCCGCCGAAUUGAUUGAAGCAUGUUACGCGAAGGGACAACGACAUUUUGGAGAGAAUUAUGUUCAAGAAUUGGAGGAAAAAUCCGCGCAAUUGAAAAAUUCAUGUGGUGAAAUUCGUUGGCAUUUCAUCGGACAAGUUCAAUCAAAUAAAAUCGGAAAAAUCUGCAGUUCACCUGGAAUUUAUUGCGUCGAAACCGUGGAAAAUGAAAAACACGCAACAAAUUUCGAUAAAGAAUGGGCAAAACAACAGAAACCUGAGAAAUUGAGAGUUUUGGUGCAAGUUAACACAAGUUCGGAAGAAAACAAAGGUGGAAUUCUGCCUGGAGACGCUCCGAAACUCGCAGAAUACAUUCGAAAUAAUUGCGCGAAUCUUCGAUUUGACGGUUUUAUGACAAUUGGAAGUUUUGAUCAUAGUCAUUCAGAUGGAAUUAAUCCUGAUUUUCAAUCAUUAGUUGGUGUCAGAAAACAAUGGGCAACUGAAACAGGUUCGAACAUUUUUGAAUUUCUGUAAUCAUCAUCGAAAUUUCAGGCGAAUCCGAAGAUUCCGUUGAAUUAUCAAUGGGAAUGUCUGAUGAUUUUCUACAAGCAAUUUCUCAAGGAAGCACAAGUGUUCGGGUUGGAAGUAAAUUAUUUGGAGCAAGAGAAUACAAGAAUAAAUAA